GACUCUUAAUUUUAACAUAUACCUGGUUCCGAAAAUGGCUGAAGGAAAUUCAGAAAUAUUCAGCGAAAAUACUGCUGAAUUAUGCCAUACUCCUACAAUUUUAUCGAUUCCAGAAGAGAUAUUAGACACCAUUUUAACUUAUCUUUCGUUUAACGAAAUAAGUGAACUGAGACCGGUUUGCCAUCAGAUCAACAAGAGAUGUCAGGCUCUGCUCAAUACAGGAUUUACCAGAGUAGACAGACUUCAUUCACAGAUACAGAAGAAAGUCAAAAGCCAGCUCCCUCGAAGAGAGUCGGAACGUAGAAAUCACCCUUUGGCCAGACAUGUAGAUAUACUUUCUGCAAUAGAAACACGUCUAUCAUUACUUAGUAUGACUUAUAUGAGAUAUAUCGAUACUGGCCUAUGCUGUUUUAUACCUGGCAAGGUACUUGAUGAAUUGUUGAAGAUUUUAAAAGCUUUACAGAGAACAACAAAACAACCAACUACAGACCAGCCUCCGAGGGCCCAUGAGUUCUUACAAGAAUUACGAGAUAUUUCUUCUAUGGCUAUGGAACACUUUGAGGAGAAAAUAGCACCAACUCUGAAAACAAGGCUUCCUGCUCUGCCAUUACCUUAUCCUUUUAAUGAUUCGUGUAGUAGUCCCGAUACAUCAGGUCAGUCGUCGCCUGUGAUAUCUUUAACAACACCGUCAGCGGUAAGAGGUCCCCCAAUAAGACAUGAACUCUCCAGACUGACUGGUCAGUUCCGAUCACAAUCUGUCGUUCUAACACAGUAUAAAAGGGAAAUAAAUGAUAUGAAAAAUCGCUGGUUAGAAACUCGUAAAAAAACAUUGGACCAGGAGAAGAAAAUUCAAAAUCAAAAGAAGAAAUUAAACGAUCAGACAGAAACUAUUAAUGAACAACAGAAGAAAAUAAAUGAACUGAAUAAAAAGAUUUUAGAAUAUGACGUAAAGUUUGAGGAUAUUUAUUCUGAAAUAACAAAACUGAAGGAAGAUAAAGAUGUGACUAGGAACAGCAGGUUACUAAUGGUCGCCGAAACUUCACCGACGAGUGCACUCAAGAGGAAACCAUUACGACAGACCAGAACAUCAACAAAACGACAGAAAACAUAGAUUAUAUACAAUUAUUGUAUACUGUAAACCAACUGACUUUCGGUAGUGAUUUAUUUUUCAUCUUUUGUGAAUCAGAAAAUGAUAUGAACAUGUCAAAUUUUGAAUUAUCCUCAUAUAAAUGCAUUGUGAAAAUAAAUCAUUAUGAAGGUGCCUAGAAAUGGCUAAAUGUGAAAUAAAGAAUUCACAAAAAUAAGUUGGUUUACCUGUACAGAAAUUGAAGGGAAGUUAUAAAUUUGGACUCAGAUCAUGGGUCAUCUAUGAUUUGAAGUCUUCAAAAAUUACUCUUAAUAAAGAUAGCGAGUUAAUUUGGGAUGAAUUUAUGAAAGUACCAACUUCCUAU